AUGUAUAUCUAUCUAUCUAUCUAUCUAUCUAUCUAUUUACUCUCUAUCUAUCAAAGUUCAUUAUUUAUCUUUGUUCAUUAUCUAUUUAAACCUGUUAAUAUCUAUCUAUCUAUCUAUCUAUCUAUCUAUUUCUGUUCUUAUAUCUAUCUUAUCUCUUUAUUAACUAUCUAUUUAUCUAUGCCUAUUCAUAUCUCUAUGUUCAUUAUCUAUCUCAGUCUGUUCAUAUCUAUUGACCUCUGUCUGUUCAUAUCUAUCUAUCUAUCUAUCUAUCUAUCUAUCUAUCUCAGUCUGUUCAUAUCUAUUGACCUCUGUCUGUUCAUAUCUAUCUAUCUAUCUAUCUAUCUAUCUAUCUCAGUCUGUUCAUCUCUUUCUAUCUAUCUCAGUCUGUUCAUCUCUUUCUACCUAUCUCAGUCUGUUCAUCUCUUUCUACCUAUCUCAGUCUGUUCAUCUCUUUCUAUCUAUCUCAGUCUGUUCAUCUCUUUCUACCUAUCUCAGUCUGUUCAUCUCUUUCUACCUAUCUCAGUCUGUUCAUCUCUUUCUAUCUAUCUCAGUCUGUUCAUAUCUAUUGAUCUCUGUCUGUUCCUAUCUAUCUAUCUAUCUAUCUAUCUAUCUAUCUCAGUCUGUUCAUAUCUACCUAUCUCAGUCUGUUUGUAUCUUUCUGUGUAUCUGUGUGUUAGCAAAAAUAGAUAUAAAUAUCUAUACUAA